CUCGUUUCGUUGAGUUAAAUAGCAGAUCGUAGCCCACAGUAUCCUUUGCUGGCUUGAAUUGGCAGGAUCCUUCCCCACGUAAACAGACGGCCCUGCUGCUCGACUCAUCUAUAAAAGAAUCCAGUGGAAGAACCCUGACAAUGACCAAGCAGAGGGUUCUGAUUCCAGGCGGCGCGGGCUACAUCGGCUCACACGUCGUGCUCUGCGUGCUGCAAACUCGGCGAUACAAAGUCACAGUGAUCGACAACUACCACAACUCGUUCCCAAAGGCAAUCGAGCGUGUCGAGAAGCUCGCACUGGAGUCGCUCCCGGCAGAUGCAUCACAAGAGGACAAGGAUGCAUGCAAGAUUGACCUCGUCAAGGGGGAUCUGAGGGACAAGGCGUCGAUCGACGCGGUCUUCCAAAAGUACAGCGGCGAAGACAAAAUCUGGGCUGUCAUCCUUGUCGCUGCUCUGAAGGCUGUUGGCGAGAGCGGAGAGAUCCCGAUCGACUACUACGAUGUCAACAUUCUCGGAACGAUCAAUCUGCUGCAGGCGAUGAAGGCGAACAACUGCACUCGCAUGGUCUACUCUUCCAGCGCGACCGUGUACGGCAUCCCGAAGCAGAUCCCUAUCCCAGAGACGACUCCAAUGGCGCCGGAAAGCGUCUACGGCAGGACAAAGAUGAUGAGCGAGCUUAUUCUGAAGGACGUCUGCGACGCUUACCCGGAAUGGCGCGCGAUCAGCUUGCGGUACUUCAACCCCGCUGGAGCACACCCGUCUGGCAUGAUCGGCGAGGACCCCCGUGGCAAGCCUGGCAACCUGCUGCCGCUGCUUGCGCAGAUGGCCGUCGGAAAGUACCGGGAAGGCGGUCUGAAGAUCUUUGGCAACGACUACCCCACGCCGGACGGCACGUGCGUCCGCGACUACAUCCACAUCAUGGAUCUCGCCGGCGGCCAUGUCAAUGCACUAGAUGGGCUCGACAAGGAUGCACUGUAUGCCAAUCUGCCGACACCGGGCAAGUACCGCUCGUUCAACCUGGGCAAAGGCGUCGGAAUGUCCGUCCUGCAGAUGGUUGAGGCGAUGCGCAAGGUGUCCGGCUACGACUACCCGUCCACCAUCGUUGGUAGGCGGCUCGGUGACGUGCCGGACUUGACUGCUGAUCCAGCGUUGGCUGAGAAGGAGCUCGGCUUCAAAGCGAAGCACUCGUUGGAGGACAUGAGCAAGGACCUGUGGAACUGGCAGAGCAAGAACCCCAAGGGUUACGACCAGCAGUAAGCUGCGGUAACUGCGCGUCGUCGGCAGGAUAGCCACUACAACCGGCGCUUCGAUGCUCCAACACUACCUCCAGCAUGCGGGGGGACUGCGCGUGUGCUCCAGUUUAAUAAUGAUGAGGGACAAACUAUCCACUGCACGGCACGAAAAGCAAUAAAUAGCUUGAGAAAGAGUG